GCGCGCAGGCGCAUUCCACAGCGCAGUGCUCAGGGCUACGUGGCGGGCGGGAGUACGGAAGCCGCUGGGAGAAGGUGUACUUACCGCUUCUCUGAGCAUCUCCCUGCUGCGUGGAGCUUCCGCUGGCACCAUGUUGAAGAAAUUCGACAAGAAGGACGAAGAGUCGGGUGGAGGUUCCAACCCCCUUCAACACCUGGAGAAAAGUGCAGUACUCCAAGAGGCUCGGGUCUUUAAUGAAACUCCUAUCAACCCUCGGAAAUGUGCCCACAUCCUUACCAAGAUCCUUUACCUCAUAAACCAGGGGGAGCACCUGGGGACCACAGAAGCAACCGAGGCUUUCUUUGCCAUGACGAAGCUCUUUCAGUCCAACGAUCCCACACUCCGUCGCAUGUGCUACUUGACCAUCAAGGAGAUGUCCUGCAUUGCCGAGGAUGUCAUCAUUGUUACCAGCAGCCUGACAAAAGACAUGACUGGGAAGGAAGAUAAUUACCGUGGCCCUGCAGUGCGAGCCCUCUGCCAGAUCACUGACAGCACCAUGCUGCAGGCUGUUGAGCGCUACAUGAAACAAGCGAUUGUGGACAAGGUACCCAGCGUCUCCAGCUCUGCCCUCGUGUCUUCCCUGCAUCUGCUGAAAUGCAGCUUCGAUGUGGUCAAGCGUUGGGUGAAUGAGGCCCAGGAGGCGGCGUCCAGUGAUAACAUCAUGGUCCAGUACCAUGCGCUAGGACUGCUGUACCAUGUGCGGAAGAAUGACCGCCUGGCUGUGAGUAAGAUGAUCAGUAAGUUCACCCGGCACGGCCUGAAGUCCCCCUUUGCCUACUGCAUGAUGAUCCGAGUGGCCAGCAAGCAACUGGAGGAAGAAGAUGGCAGCCGUGACAGCCCACUGUUUGACUUCAUCGAGAGCUGCCUGCGUAACAAGCAUGAAAUGGUCGUGUAUGAAGCCGCCUCAGCCAUCGUCAACCUGCCCGGCUGCAGUGCUAAAGAGCUGGCCCCUGCUGUAUCAGUGCUCCAGCUUUUCUGUAGCUCGCCUAAGGCAGCUCUCCGCUACGCUGCUGUCCGCACCCUCAAUAAGGUGGCCAUGAAGCACCCAUCGGCAGUGACUGCCUGCAAUCUGGAUCUGGAAAACCUGGUCACAGACUCCAACCGUAGCAUUGCCACAUUGGCCAUCACCACCCUCCUUAAGACCGGGAGUGAGAGCAGCAUUGACCGCCUUAUGAAGCAGAUUUCUUCCUUCAUGUCGGAGAUCUCAGAUGAGUUCAAGGUGGUGGUUGUCCAGGCCAUCAGUGCCCUGUGCCAGAAGUAUCCUCGCAAACAUGCUGUACUCAUGAACUUCCUGUUCACCAUGCUAAGGGAAGAGGGUGGCUUUGAGUACAAGCGUGCCAUCGUGGACUGCAUCAUCAGCAUCAUUGAGGAGAACUCCGAGAGCAAGGAGACAGGACUGUCGCACCUGUGCGAGUUCAUUGAGGACUGCGAGUUCACUGUGCUGGCCACCCGGAUCCUGCACUUGUUGGGCCAGGAGGGGCCCAAGACCAACAACCCCUCCAAGUACAUUCGUUUUAUCUACAACCGUGUGGUCUUGGAACAUGAAGAGGUUCGGGCCGGUGCAGUGAGUGCUCUGGCCAAGUUUGGAGCCCAGAACGAAGAGAUGUUACCAAGCAUCUUGGUGUUGCUGAAAAGGUGUGUGAUGGACGACGACAACGAAGUGAGAGACAGAGCCACCUUCUAUCUGAACGUCCUGGAGCAGAAGCAGAAGGCCCUCAAUGCAGGUUACAUACUAAAUGGUCUCACUGUGUCUAUCCCUGGUUUGGAGAGAGCUCUGCAGCAGUAUACAUUAGAACCAUCAGAAAAGCCAUUUGACCUCAAGUCUGUGCCUCUGGCCACCACCCCUAUGGCAGAGCAGAGACCAGAAAGCACUGCCACCGCAACGGUCAAACAGCCAGAGAAAGUGGCAGCCACUCGGCAGGAGAUCUUCCAGGAGCAAUUAGCAGCGGUGCCUGAGUUCCAGGGACUCGGGCCCCUCUUCAAGUCCUCACCAGAGCCAGUGGCCCUCACCGAGUCAGAGACCGAGUAUGUCAUCCGAUGCACCAAACACACCUUCUCUGACCACUUGGUGUUUCAGUUUGACUGCACAAACACCCUCAAUGACCAGACCCUGGAGAAUGUCACAGUGCAGAUGGAGCCCACCGAGGCAUAUGAAGUACUCUCCUAUGUGCCUGCCCGGAGUUUGCCCUACAACCAGCCUGGGACCUGCUAUACACUAGUGGCUCUACCCAAGGAAGACCCUACUGCUGUGGCGUGCACGUUCAGCUGUGUGAUGAAGUUCACUGUUAAGGACUGUGACCCCAACACUGGAGAGAUUGAUGAAGAGGGCUACGAGGAUGAGUAUGUGCUGGAGGAUCUAGAAGUUACCGUGGCUGAUCACAUCCAGAAAGUCAUGAAAGUGAACUUUGAAGCAGCCUGGGAUGAGGUUGGGGAUGAGUUUGAGAAGGAGGAAACAUUCACUCUGUCUACCGUCAAGACACUUGAAGAGGCUGUGGGCAAUAUUGUGAAGUUCUUGGGCAUGCAUCCUUGUGAGCGGUCAGACAAAGUGCCGGAAAACAAGAACACUCACACGCUGCUGCUAGCUGGGGUCUUCCGGGGUGGUCAUGACAUCCUCGUGCGCUCCCGACUUCUGCUUCUGGACACAGUGACGAUGCAGGUGACUGCCAGAAGCUCAGAGGAACUGCCAGUAGACAUCAUCUUGGCUUCAGUGGGCUAAAGACCGGCCUGAGUAGACCCUACUCGUUUUUCCAACACUACGUUGAAGUAGCUUCUUCCCCAUCAAGCCAGUGGAAACCCUUUCCCACACCUCUGUAUUCAGAAAAAUCACGAAUCAGUACAGAUUUUUUUUUAGUUCCAUCCUAUCACCCAGGAAUGCUAGGGUAAAUUUUUUUCACCCUGCCUGCAAGGAGACAUCACAAAUAAAUAAAAUGUUCAGACUUUCUCGCA